AUGCCAGGAACCCAUGGACAUCCCAAGAAUCCUAAGCAGCUGCUGAAAUGGAUCAACGUCAUGCUGCACAGCGACUACCGCUCCAUGUCGGAGCUGAGUAGCGGUGCCGCCUGGUGCCGGCUCCUGCACUGCAUUCACCCAAACACCUUCAAUGUGGAGGCCGUGCGGGAUGCGGGUCCGCCGGCCAUGCUGCAGCGGAAUUAUGACAUCUUGCAGCGGGCUCUCGGUCGCCUGGGCAUUCCGCUGGAGCUGCGUGUCCAGCCAUUGCUGAACGGCAACACCCAGGUCACCAUCGAGCUGAUCCACUUCUUUAUGGAUCUUUAUGUGCAGCGGAAGUUGCAGCGGCCACAGCCACAGCCAGAGAGUGGGCCACUGGGGAAGCUUCUGCAAUGGCUGCAAAGUUUAGUUGUGGGCAGGUCCGCGGAAGAUGAUCCGGAAGCUUAUCUGCUGCUGUUUGAGAAAAUGCACGAAUGGAAACCGCUGAGAAGGUCCCAGCCCACACAAACAGUUUCCUGUGAGAUGUCGCCACGCUUGAGCGGUGGACAGGAGCUGAAGCUGCAGCUGGAGCUUGAUCAACGUCGCAAGGAUCACGAUGAGAUCCGUCCCCUGAUCGGGGCCUGCCAUCAAAUGUUGCUGUUCCAGAACGAGAUGGGGGAACGCUGGCAGGAGUGCAGACGCGCCCGUUUGGCCCAGCAGCAGCAGCAGCAGCAGCAGCGGCGAAGGAAGGAAAGAGGCCACUGA